AGGGUGGGUGUAUAUCGACGAGAUUAUGCUAUAAAUAGAUACACUAUAUACGGGUACGUCAUUCCUACUUCCGGAUUUACCACCUGCAAACGCAGGUUCGGCGAUGGACAUUUACCUCGUCACAGCAAGUUUUCACAUCUGAUGCAAAAUGUAAUCUUUAAUGAUGAGUGACGGGUCAGAUAGCAGUGAUACAGGGAAUUUAAGGGAGAUAAAGUUCUUAUCAACAAUAGGAGCUAAAGACUUAUUAAAGCUCGGACAUGUAUCAAAGAGCGGGUGGCUGAAGAGGAAGACACAGCGUGGAUCACAGCGUCUGUCGAUUGGCGCUAUUGCAUGGAGGACCUUGUACUGCUGUAUAGCAGAGGGGUGUAUGUACCACUUUGAAUCAAAUACAUCGAAGAAUCCGAAGACAGCUUUUCCACUUACAGGGUAUAACAGGUUGUGUCGGGUAGAUAAUCAACAGCGAGACCAUUGUUUCGAGAUACAGCCCCCAUUAGGAGACAACUCGCUGAAGACGUAUAUGUUCUCAUGUGCCAAUGCUGAUGACAUGCUGGACUGGAUGAGGAGCAUAUACGAUGCUCUGCUUGUAGGAAAUUACCAGUUGCCUCCCGAUAAACACGUGCUAAUCAAGUUUGGAUUGUCGGAGACAGAGAAGCCUGUUUUGAUGGAAAGUCCAACCAGCGGAUACACCAACAUAGACAAGUUAAAGGAGGAUAAGACAAAGAAAACAAAACCGAAAGUUGACCGCUACAAUCCCUGGGGACAAAUAUUCGAUGGGUCCACUCCAAAGGAAACGUCUGGUGGAAAAAUGAAUAAAGAAACGAAGCAGAAGAAGAAGCCUACGAUGGAAAGUGAUGAGCACGUGUAUGUAAAUGAGGCUGAAACAAGACAAUAUGUGAAUCAACGUGGAAUUGUGGAUGAUGAGGAAGAAGGCGACGAUGAGGUUGCGGAGGAGGAGGAGGAGACAGAGAUGGAGGACUACCUGUUUGAUAGUUCUGACGGCAAUGCUGCCCGAGCGCAUCUGAAGGACAAAGUGAUACAGACGUUCCUGGUACGCAACUCGAGGGAACAAGGGAGGAAGAUUUUGGUGGUUAAAAGAAGGGAUGAAUGCAAACAACACGUCAUCAACAUAAGGGAGGACAUUUAUUGCAUAGAGGCAGCAGCCCAGUUCAGAAGCCUGAAUGAACUAAUUGAAUAUUACAAAAAUAAUGAGUUAUGUGGUUCUUGUAUUGGCAACGGCUACAAAUUCUACGAAUGUUGAGUGAUAGACUUCAUGAAGAAACAUUAUUGGGUUCUUGUCUUGGUCACGAGUAUUCGUAAACGAGGAUUGUUGUAUUUGCCUCGAUAAUAAUGGACUAUACAGUGUUAUACAUUUGUACUUUUUUGUACUUUUCGGGACAUAUUCUGCUGUGCGCCUGGUGAAAUGGGCUGUGUUUUACAUACAUAUGUAAACAAAUGUACACAUGCAGAUAAUGUUUUUUUUUUUUAAUUCCCAUGGUGCAAACGAAUUUUAUAUCCCUGUAAAUACGAUAGUAUUUCCCAUUUUAUAUCUGCGAUGAGUAUUUAGAUGAUUGACACAUUUACAUCACCAUACUUGUUAGCAACCAAUUUAAGUACCUUAACACUCAAAUCAUGACCGCGGAUAAUAUGCGAAUUUUCAGUCUCUUAAAGUAAAUACUGGUGCUUUUAUCUUAAAAUGUUUCAAUAAUCUUUUGGAAUGUUUUAAAAGUUUCCGUUAAAAGGGCAUUCCUUCGUUUGAAUACAGUUCAGAUCGUCAAAAUUAAACUUACUGGAAAAUAUAUAUAUUUUCCAAGUAGUAAAAGUUAUAGUCUUUAAGUUAAUAAGGCAGUUUUACUAUCAAUAAAAACCGAAGUUCUUCGAGUAUUAAGUCCUGACAAUUCUUAAUUCGACCCGAAGUAUCAGUUAUUACCCCAAAGACUUACAGUAUUUGCAUACGAAACGCCUUUUUCUUGUAGGCACAAACACAAUAUAAUAAUCGUUCGGAUAUAGAUUUCACCAAUAAAAAUUGUGCAUGUUUCUGAUGUCCGAAAGAAGGAAUGCCCCUUUAAAGUUCCUUAUCGUUUCCGCAGAUUUUGAUAAUUUAUCGCUACCCAUAACUACAUUGUUUGUCGACAUGUACAUGUUUCCAGGAGGCAAAAUGCGUGCGUAGAGCUAUAUUGAUUUGUGUUUUUUUCACAGAUGAGUAUGAACAAUGGUAUUAUCAUUGUCUACUGUUGUGUUUUGUAUAGCACUAUUGUAACAUAGUCUAAGAUGUUACUUUAUGGGAGUACUUUGCUAAAGCCCACUCUAUGCUUUUAUAUGUUAUGGGUGUGGUUAUAGUCUUAACUUGUGUUGUUACAUAUCUAUUUUGAAAACGUAUUCCAUUAACUGCUAUAAAAGUACUAUAAUUGAUGUAUUGUCUUUUUAGAGUAUAAUUGUCGCUAGUGUUUCUGUAUAUUCUAUUAAAUAGAAGUACUAUGAUUGAUGUAUUGUCUUUUUAGAGUAUAAUUGUCGCUAGUGUUUCUGUAUUCUAUAAAAUAGAAUUUACAUAGUGAUAGUUAUAGUACAUUAUCAUACAGAAUAUAAACAAAUAAAAACAAUAAAGGUCUUUUCAUUGUACCUCUUCUGUGCAUAAAGACAAUAAAAAUAAGAUAGGAAAUAUGGUUAGAAAUGUGCAUGGUUCCAAAGUGCCUGAAUAAUUUAUUUGCAGUAUUGAGGAAAAUUCACAUCGGCUGGUAAAAGAGAUUUUGUUAAUAUACAGCGAUUCUAUCACAAGUACCAAUUUUAAAAGUGUUUAAUGAACUGUUGCACCUUUUACUCUGAAAGAAAUACCUUCUAUCUUAAGGUCGUCACGAUUUUCUUUUAUAACUGGAUCUGAAUUAUUAGUAUCUAUGGGUUAUCUCGUUUUUUUCAAAAUGCUAAAACAUUUACCAUUUUUUCCCCGCAGGAAAUACCAGUAAUAACUUUGCAUAUUAAACGUGUUAGCUUUAAAUAUUUUAUUAUUUUCGUAAUAGGAAAUAAAGCAUGCAAACAUUUGGCAACGUAUUUCUCUAGUUUCUGAAAUACGAAACUAUUUUGUUUCUUAAAAAUUGU